AUGGAGCCUCUUCGUGGAACGGUCAGCUUCCCAACAUCAUCCAUCGGUGCUGCGGCUAUCAGUGGAAGCCUGGCUACCAACAACAUCCCAAACUUGGAUGCCUCCAAGAUCACCACGGGCUCAUUUAUCGUGGGGGCGUUUGGGUCCACCAACAUCGCCACAACCGGCACACUCAAUUGUGGAAACAUAGGGGGCGGGGCGGCAAUCUUCUCGAGCGUGUAUUCACCGGGACCGAUACUCAGCGGGGGUUUCGCUGCACCAACCCAGCAGGGUGCAUACUUAACGUGGAACAGGAACGGUGGUUUGGGGAUGACGACCCUGGCGAACGCAAGGGGGACGGGAGGGGGCGGCUGGGAGUUUGUCUCCUACAGUGGGGUUCCUGCGUUUGAGCAAGUGGCUGCAACCAUAGGCAGUACAGGCGCUCUCAAUGCUGCUUCGGGGACGUUCUCGGGCGCAAUCUCCGGAACUACUGGAACUUUCUCGGGGGCCGUGAGCGGAACUACUGGCACGUACAGUGGGGCCGUCUCUGCGACGACCGUGAAGACGAGCGCUAGCGUAUUCUCGCAGUGCACACAGGGUGCUCGAGGCUUUGUCAGCUACUCGGACGGUAUGAGCUACUACAUGUUGGCAACAUCGUCGAACGACUCGUCGGGCUCUUUCAACGCACUCAGGCCCUUCAUAUUGGAUCUGGCAACCGGCAACGUGACCCUGGCCAACAAUCAGGUUACCCUAAACCACUCGACGGGUUCCUAUGUCGGUCAGGCGAUCAGUGCCACGAGUGGCACGUUCUCUAGUGCAUUGAGCGGGUCGAGUGUGAGCAGUACAUCAGGACUAACGAACAAUAUGCCUGGGAUUCUGGUUGUCAAAAAUCAGACCGACAGCGGAGUCGCGAGAGACACCGGCAACCUGUUCAUCAAGGGCACCAUAGGUUCCAGCACCGUGCGCGUCGGCGGAACCGCGUACUUGAACGACGUCGACUGCGGCAACGUGAUAGCUCCGGGACGAACACUGCGGUCAUACACGGCCACUUUUGACACCACGGCGAAUGGGGUCAGGGACAUCGUCACGUUCGUCGGGACUACCGGCUCCGUGGCGUUCGACGUCACGGUAGCCACUUCCGGAUCGUUCCAGACGAUGGUGAAGAAAUACUCGUUCGCGGCCGGCCACAAUCUAACGACCUCCGCCUGGCGCAGAUGCAUGCCGCUGAGCGCCUACAACGGCAACCCGGACGAGUACGAGCUCCAAAUUUCGGGAAAUGGAUCUACCACCAAGCUGCGGCUCGUCCACUCCUCACCUAGCGUCGCCUCAACCGUCACGCUCACCCUCUCGGCGACGUACUCGCAAGGGGACAUACCCACGGUAACGAGUACCGUGGCGAACGCGCAAUAUACCGACGCCAACUGGGCGACUUAUGCGUACGCCUCCACCACAUCCAUAGCGCAGGCCAACAGCUACGUGGGCAUCGGCACCGCGGCUCCGACGUGUUCCCUGGACUUUGGGCAAACAGGCGGCAACAAACAGCUCGGAUUGUACACCUCUACAGGAAGUUGGUAUGGGAUAGGCGCUUCAAAUGCUAUCAUGGCGUACCAGACCGGCGGGGCGCACACAUUCUACGUCGGCUCCACGUCCUCCAGUCUUGGCACCAGCGCCGUCUCGAUAAACUCGUCGGGAACUCUCAACACGGGAGCCAUUUCGUGUACGGGGUCGCUUGGAGUAUCGGGUGGGCUCACCACCGGGGCCGGGCAGGGCGUCUCGAUGCCCGGGAUCGUCACCAUAAACGAUUCGACCGAUUCAGGGGCAAGCAGGGGCAUCCACUAUUGGGCAUCCGGUGAUGCAAAUUGGAAAGGCUACAUGUGCGGGUCGGGUGCUAACAAGUCCGGUGCAAACGGAAGUGCGUGCGCCUCGUUGGACAGUAGGACAUCCUACCACAUCCGCAAUCGAGUUUUCAAUAGCUCGACAACAGGUUUCAUCUGGGAGAACUCGUCCGAGCAGUGUCUUAUGUCAAUUGCUGGGGACAGCGGAAACCUUUUCAUCAAAGGGGGGAUCGGAUCAUCGUCUGUACGGGUGACAGGCACCGCUUAUCUAUCCGCUUUGGAUUGUGGUCCCAUCUCUACAAAUAAUUCGAAUGUCAAUGCGGGAACCGGCUCCGUGUCCGGCGCCGGGGCGUUCUCCGGGACGACGAACACCCUCACGGGAGGUUCCUUUGUUAAACGGACGUUGACCGUCACUGCGAGCCCGUCAUACUCAACCCCAGCGUGGUAUAAGCUCGCGACCUUCCUCACCAACGGAAGUUACGUCUCUGGGGCGAUUACCGUGGUGGGGACCCUUGCAUGCGUUAGUAGCCCAGUCCGUUUCACCGCCAAUAUCGGCUUCCACACACAGAAUCCGAGUUUCAACGCCUCGCUGACCCUGGACUCGGCCGACGGCGCCAACGAUCCGUUUGCGAGCGGUCAGUUCGAUAUCGCCCUGUACGUGGACAAUAGCGGGACGGCGCUAUACGUCUACGCCAAGCAGGCAAUGACCUAUAUGACGAUGAGCCUGGACGUCACGUGCACGCAAUUUGAGGGCAACGGGCUGACCAUCUAUCCGAGUACGGCGUUCGCCCUCGCUUACGCACCCACAAAUGCGCAGCUCAUGACGGCGGAUUCCACGCUGGCCUCUGUGCUGUCGUCCAACAGUUUCAAUACUUUGUGCGGGUCGAACAAGUUCCUCACGAAGGGAUCUGCGCUCACGGUGGGAGGAAGUAUCUCCGGCGGAAUUGUCACGUGCACGGGCCUCAACCUUACAUCGUCGGGCGCUGGGAGCGCUAUCGCGUCGACGAACUAUGCGUCGGCGCUGGCGACCGGGAACUUCAACGUAAGUUACUUUGGUGUAUCGAGCGCAGCGAACAACGCCGCUUGGUAUCUAUUCAUGAACGCAGGAGGUGCUGGAUCGUCGUCCAAUUAUGCGGCGUACGGGAUUCAAGGGAAGAGUGUCGGAACGGGAUCCUUCAACAUCUGCGCCAACGGAAACUUCGGCAUAUGCACGGCCUCGCCGCAGUAUACCCUAGAUGUCUCCGGAACGGGGCGAUACACCGGGGCACUCUCAUGCGGGAGCUUGUCCACAAGCGGCGCCGUCUCGACGAACGGCAAUUUUGUGGACACAGGGGGCGGCGGGAUCGCCUGCGGCACGAUCUUUAGCAGCCUGCUCUUGCCCGUCGACCAUGGCACGAAUGACAUUGGAUCCGACGGAAACUACUGGAGGAACGCCAUGCUCACCGGCAAGGUGACGGCCUCAUCGUACUCGGGAUUGCCGAGAAAGCAUUGGAAUGCGAUGACGCAGAACGUAUACGGCAAUUCAGGGAAGUACUAUAGGAUUGCCUCCAUUUUAGCGGCCUCCAGCGGGGCCAACGGUGGUAGCGUCCACAUCUCCGGCGCCAUAGGCGGGUUUGGAUCAGACCAGAUGGCGGUCAUCGAUUGUACCAUCUCUUCGCGCAGUUUGUACUCGGUUCGCGGCAGCGCAUACGGAGGCGUAGCCAGUGCGAAGGCAGCUGUGGACAUCGCGGUGGUCAUGGAAGCUGACAGCAGCUUCAACAUAUAUAUCCACACCAUCCAGUCGUUCGUCUGCUGGGACCUCAGCGUCGAAGCCGCGGGGACCAAUGUUACGAGCUACGAGCCUACAGACGGGGAUGUCACGCCAUCUGGGAACAUCGUCACGCCGUCCGUCAUGAGCGUCCUAGGACAGGUCAACGAGUACAGCACGAUGACGACUUCCUUCAACAGUUUCACUUACAACGGGAGUGCGGUCCUGACUGGUUCCGCAAAUUCGGGCGCCAUCUCCUGCGGCACUCUCACUUCGUCGUCGGGUCUCGUUACCAAGAACAAAGCCGACAGCAGUCUGUCGGGCAUGGCUAGCUCAUAUGCGUACUCUGCAGCAGACAACUAUCCCAUGUUCCAGCAGUUCAACUGGACACACGACAACAUCGCGCUCUUCUUUGACAUGUGGUACAAUGGGUCUGAUACGAGCGCCUCGUCGACCGGUUCGUUUGGGAUCCGCAAGAUGGGGGGAACGCUGCGGUUCGUGGCGGGCGUCGCUGCAGCGAACAGUGCGGUCUUUACCACAUCGGCCAUCACCAUCAACACGAGCGCACAGGUCGGGAUCAACAAUACGAACCCCUCUUAUAACCUGGACGUCUCUGGGACAGCAAGAGUGACAGGCGCCCUAACCUCCGGGAACAUCACUUGCGGGGCGAUCGCGGCACAGGGCAAUAGCAUCUCCGCAGGGUCCAUUGCAUGCACCGCUGUCAAUCCUGAAACCACCGCCUCCUAUGAUGUGGGCACCUCUGCUCUGGCCUGGAGGAACCAGUACUUCAGCGGUACGCGCUACAGCACGGGCAAUGCCGGCUUCACGGCCAGCUCCACUUCGGCGUUUACGCCCCUGGCGCCCUACCAUAUGUUUGCCAACCCCAACGCCGACGACAAUACUCUCAUCCUGGGGUCUGGCACUGCAGGGGCCGGUUUCGUCCUCGACGACAUCGUCAAUGCAAAGUGGAAGAUGACCACGGGAGGCUACAACCUCAGUUUCUACCAACAGAGCAGUGGGACCGCAAGCCAAUACACGACGUCAUUCUUCACCAGGCGUGUCUUUUUCAGCAACGCCGGCCAGAUCUACGCUCAGAACACGGCAAUUGCAGCAAUAAGCUCCGACGAGCGCGUCAAAACCAACAUCCGGCCCAUCACCGGGGCCCUGGACAGGAUAUGUGGGAUGACCGGCCGCAUCUUCGACUAUAAGUACCCAGAAGCCCAUAACGGGGACAAGAACGUGAUUGGUUUCAUCGCCCAGGAGAUCGAAGAGGACUUCCCAGAGUUGUCAUGUUCGGGAGAGGCACAGUGCCCAGAAGAAGCGGAGCUGUGCCCAGAUGGAGUUAAAUCAUACGGCAUUGGGACAGCCUUCCACGCGAACGUGGUCGAAGCCUUCAAGGAACUCCGCGGACAGAAAGACGAGGAGAUUCAAGUCCUCAGAGACUUGGUGGCAUCACUUGCUGCCAGAAUCGCAGCGCUAGAGAAUGCUUGA